AUGGUUUCUCCCGCCGAUUUCGAAAUCGUUGUGACAAUGGUGUUGGCCCAGGUAAAAAAAGAAAACGAUGCUGUGGUUGCUCCCGUCGAUUUCGAAAGCGUUGUGACAAUGGUGUUGGCUCAGGUUAAAAAAGAAAACGAUGCUGUGGUUGCUCCCGUCGAUUUCGAAAGCGUUGUGACAAUGGUGUUGGCUCAGGUUAAAAAAGAAAACGAUGCUGUGGUUGUUCCCGUCGAUUUCGAAAGCGUUGUGACAAUGGUGUUGGCUCAGGUUAAAAAAGAAAACGAUGCUGUGGUUGUUCCCGUCGAUUUCGAAAGCGUUGUGACAAUGGUGUUGGCUCAGGUUAAAAAAGAAAACGAUGCUGUGGUUGCUCCCGUCGAUUUCGAAAGCGUUGUGACAAUGGUGUUGGCUCAGGUUAAAAAAGAAAACGAUGCUGUGGUUGUUCCCGUCGAUUUCGAAAGCGUUGUGACAAUGGUGUUGGCCCAGGUAAAAAAAGAAAACGAUGCUGUGGUUGCUCCCGUCGAUUUCGAAAGCGUUGUGGCGUUGAUAGGGAUACGAAGGUUUGAAUGA